AUGAAUGCAGCCUCAUGCGUACAAUUGAUUGAGGCCAAGUUGGACGAAUAUGGGGUAUCUCUAACAUAUGACAUCGUCGCUCAAACCACAGACGGUUGCAGCCAAAUGGUUGCAUUAAGGAAGUCCAUUAAGUCAUACCAUCAGCUAUGCAUCGCUCAUGCUGUUCAGAUGGCGAUUGUGGACGUAAUGUACAAAUGCAAUGCCGGCUUCGAGGAAAACGUCGCUCAGCUUGUCGAACUUGACGAGGAUGAAGAUUUGCCUUUAUCAGUAUUGGCUCAAAGACUGCGAACUGUAGAAUUUAACGAAGACACGAAUUGUACAGACAAUGACAACGAUGGUAUUGAAUUUAAUAAUGAAUCCUCGUUUAUGGAGUCUUUCAGUUCACAGUCUUUUAGAUACAACGAUCUGCUAUCAAAAGUACGAAAAGUGGUAAAAAUAUUCAAGAAAUCUCCAAUGAAAAGCGCUUACAUCCUUCAAAAACAUGUCAGAGCUGAUUUUGGACAGGAGUACUCCCUGCUGUUAGACAGGAAAAUGCGCUGGAGUAGCAUUUCUGCCAUGUUAGAAGACAAAGAAAUCCUUGCUGAAGCAAAGAAGAGAAUACAAGAGGCUUUUAAAAUAGAACUGGGGUCGUUCCCCCAUAUUCCCAAAGCGGGCUUUAGUGGGUCCUUAAGUGAAGUUAGUAGAGCUGCAGCACCCGCUGCCAAGCAUUGCCACCGCGUGUCCCAUGCGUCGGAGCAACGACCUGUCUCGCGCUCGGAAGCCUGUCCCAGCCCU